CCCAGGAGGAAGAGGAGGAGGAGGAGAGAGGUGGUUGCUGUUACGGCUGCCGCUGAAGCCGCCGCCUCCCCGGUCCCGCCUCCCGCCAUUUUGAGUCCCCGGAGCCGGAAGAGCGAAGAAGAGCUUCCCCCUCGGGCGGGCUGUGGGAGGCCGCGGCGGCGACCCCUUUCCUCCCCACCCGCUACCGCUUCAGUGAGCUCUGUGUUGCUGAAGGAAAAUGAUGGAAGAGAGCGGGAUAGAGACGACUCCACCGGGAACGCCCCCACUGACCACAGCGGGGGCGGGACCUGCACCCACCACCACUGCACCAGUCUCAUUAGCCUUAACUCCUUCCCUCCCUCCUCCCUCCUCUUUUCCUCCUUCCCAAGCACCAUUUUCCACACCUUUGCCACCUGCAGGCUCCUCUCUUCCAUCCAUGACGACAUCCCCUUUGCCUUUCGUGCCUCCCAUGGCCCUUUCAGCGGGUGCCUCCCUUGGGACCUCAAGGCCACCCAUGAUGACACCGCCAGUCACCUCGUCCCCUUUCAGCAGCCCCCGUCCCCAGUUCUCGUCUCCUUCACCCCUGAGUUCAACUCCUGGCCCUGUGCUUUCUGCCCCUCCCACUGGUCCUCCCAUAUCAGGGUUUUCUAUGGCAUCGACCCACGACAUCACCAAAGGCCAUGCGGGACGAGCACCACAGACACCCUUGAUGCCCUCGUUUUCUGCACCUUCAGUCACCGGUGUCUUCACUGGCCCGGCAUCACAGCAGCCCUGUGGGCCAACCCCGCUAGCACCUGGCUUUGGAGCGGGCUCUUCAAUUACUUUCCCAGAGGAACACGAAGACCCCCGGGGAGCUGACGUGCAGAGUGACGCAUCUGCUGGAGGAGGACUGUGGGGCUUUAUCAAAGGUGUGGCGGGGAAUCCUGUGGUGAAGUCCGUGCUGGAUAAAACCAAGCACUCAAUGGAGACAAUGAUCACGACUCUGGAUCCUGGCAUGGCUCCCUAUAUCAAAUCUGGGGGAGAACUGGACAUUGUUGUCACUUCUACUAAAGAAGUCAAGGUUGCUGCUGUAAGAGAAGCUUUUCAGGAAGUGUUUGGAAUGGCCACAGUUACAGGAGAAGCUGGGCAGUCCAACAUUGCGCCACAGCCAGUUGGCUACGCAGCUGGAUUGAAGGGAGCUCAAGAAAGGAUUGACAGCUUGCGCAGGACAGGAGUCAUUCAUGAGAAGCAGCCGGCCGUGUCUGUGGAAAAUUUCAUUGCGGAAUUGCUUCCUGACAAGUGGUUUGAUAUUGGCUGCCUAAUUGUCGAAGAUCCCAUCCAUGGCAUUCACCUCGAAACAUUUACACAAGCAACGCCAGUGCCUUUGGAAUAUGUACAACAGGCUCAAAGUCUGACUCCUCAGGAUUAUAACCUAAGAUGGUCAGGUUUGUUGGUGACAGUGGGGGAAGUGAUAGAGAAGCAAUUACUGCACGUCAACAGAACGGAUUGGCACUCUGCAUUCACCGGCAUGUCCCGUCGACAGAUGAUCUACAGCACAGCCAAAGCUAUUGCAGGGAUGUACAAGCAGCGUUUACCACCCAGGACCAUUUGAGAGGAAACGGGACUCUGGAUGCGACACAUUCCUUAAAAACUCGUGUUGAAAAGAAAUGAUUGCAUCUGUUCGAUGGCCCUGUUGACGCCCCUCGUUUUACAUUAUAUAAAAUGUAAUUUUGUUUUUAAAGUGAAGCUACUCUUUGGAUAAUGGAAAUGAGCAAUUCUUAAUUUUAGUCACAUAAUGGCUCCCCAAACCAGUAGGCAUAUUUAUAGAGAGCAUUAAAAUGUACCGGUAUUUCAUUUCAAACACUAAAUCAGGGAUGGAAAUCCUGAUGCUGUUGGACUCCAAACUCCAUCAACUCCGGCAGACACCAUGGCCAGUAGUCAGAAACAACUGGAGGCCCCUCUCCAACAUGUCCCCCACCCUUGAACUCAAUGGGUGUUUGACAGACAUUUUGGACUUUAUUUAAGAGGCAGGACAGUCAUUCACAGCACCUAGGAUAGAUUUGGAAUCCAAGGCCAGAGUCACUGGCAUGUGUAUUGCAUGUGUGGUCAGAUUUGGUUAGGGUUUCAAAGAGGAAGCCGUUUGUAAAGUUCCUCCUUGCAGUCACCCUCCUUAACACCAGGGGGGUCAAGAAGCAUGCAAAUGGAACUUAUUUUCUUGGUUAUAUUUCACAGCAAAGAAAAAUUAUCAGAAAUCACCUAGCGAAGUGCCUUUUGCUGCAUAAAUAGGUACAAGGCUGCAAUCGGUUAACUUUUACAAUGCAUCUUAAGCUAUGGACCAUUACUGAACAAUUUGUUUAUCUCCAUUGCAAAUGCUGCCCCAGAUUGUAUGCUCAAAAUUGUGCAUAUUUAUAAACUGCAGAGUAUUUUGAUAACUUUUUUAAAAAAACCUUUCUGCCUUAAAAUAAGUUUCUCAAUUUCUACUACUUAAGUCUUUAUCUUUUGUAGAUGCUUUCAAAAGACACAUUUAUAUAGACUAGUUAGCUAGUUUAUAAUAUUUUUAUCCAGUGAAAAAUCUGUAGUUUUUCCAAUUAAUAUAUUUUGGCUUGCCUUGUAAAAUCAGAAUUAAAUAGAUUUUAAUUAUUCUUCUUCAGAAGUUUUCAAUAUUUUAUUGAACUAACUUUGGACCUUUCCAAAAGCAUGAGUAUGGCCAUGGUUUGAUUCUGACAGAACAGAGUGUUUUUGGUGAGUUAGUGGGUAUAUAGGAAGGGAGAGAAAAUCUUGCUAUAUUUAUUUUGUGGUAUCAAUGCAUCAGGGAAAACUCAACUAAAGUAGACACAGAAUGAGUACAUCUUUUUCUUCACAAGCACCAAAAAUUCCAUUCCUUAUGUACCCUCUUGGAAAAUCUUAGGUGGGAUGUAUAAAAGCAUUCAAUGUUUCAUGUUCAAUCAAGUCCGAGUUUUUUCUUUAGGUUUACAUUAUCUCUGUCCAUUAGCCAAGCUGGCACUUGAAUUUGUUUUCUCUUUCCUGUCCAUCAUCAUCUUGAUCCUGUCCACAUUUUUAAUGUUUGUAGACUUGAUAGCCUGGCUUUCCAUACAUAAGAAAAUUCAAGGGCGUUAAUAAAAGCUCAAUAAAGGAAAAUAACAGCA